GCGCAGAGAGCUGGUGCAGUGUAGCUGGUGAGUGAGGCAGCAUCGCGCGAGCUGUGCCCCGUCGGGGUAACAUGUGUAUACCUGAGGUGAAGCGGCGGUUCGAGAAGCGCUGGAGUGAUCGUCAGAGCGUCGCCAGCCAGACGAAGGAUGCAACAGACGGAUAAUGGGAACACGCUCGCCACGCUCUGGCUACAGCACGUCUCACCAGGAAAGAUGUGAUCCAGAGGAAUAUGACUUUGAAGAUGUUUUAGACACCUACUCCCUGCCAGUGGAUGCUACUCCUGCAGCAGCAGCAGCAGCAGCGGCGGCAGUACCUUCCUCAAGCAGUAGUGGUGCUGAAGUGUACCGGCGCCCCGUGUACCGCUCACCUCCCGCCGUCCGCAGAGCUAGACGCCCCGACCAGCCUACCCGACCACCCGACGCACCGGCGGCAGCGACUCAGCAUCAUGACCGCCAGGGCGGCUCCUGCACCUGUGUCCUCCACUCCACCACGGGGAGCAAGAGCCGCAGCAGGUCACAGGAGCGACGACUAUUGGGCAUGGGUGACUUGGGCAGCGUAUUGGUGGGCAGCGUGAGUGGUGCAGGGGGGCGUGGCACAGGCCCACCCACCCUCGGGGGCCGGCCUGUGGGCGCCACCCCAGGAAAUGGAGGGCAUGUUGGUCGAAGUGUAAGUGGCAGUGGUGGUGGCAGUGGUCUAGGUCUUCCCAACCCUGGAGUAGGUAGUGGUGGCCGAUCCAUGACAGUGGGCGGCUCCUCCUCGGCUGCCAACAGCAACUCAACAGGACGCACUGGCAGGCGCGGUGUGCAUCAGCCAGGCUUCCUAAAGACCGUAUCAAUCAUAGACACUCUGAGUGAGUUGGCACAUGGGCCUGAGGUUCGCCGUCUUGCCCAGGAGCCACAGCCACAGCGUCCAUCAUGCCCCCACUCUAGUUCCCGAACACCAUCAUCUCGCCAGCCAACAGGUGCUACCUCUGCAGGCGGGGGCAGCACUGCUGAUCCUGGCGAGGAUACUUCGGUCCGCCCUCCUGGACCACCUGUCCUUUCAGCAGAUUUCCAGCAAUACAGUGAAAAGAUCUAUGAUGCAGUGACAUCCCCUGGACCUGACCCAGGUCUAAGAGGAGGCCAGGCGAGUCGAGGACGUUUCCAUGGCCUUGGGCAUCGCAGGAGAGAGCGUCCCCAGCCACGUGGUGAAGCCUGUCUUGAUGAUUCUCAGGGAACCUCUGGAGUCAGCCAUGAGCAAAGGAGAGAGGAUGAGGAGGCCAGCAGGAGAGUGCGGCAAGAACACCGUGGGAGGGAACGAGGUCGAACCCCAGACUGGAUCAAGAGAAUCUUUGACAUUGCAAAGAAGGGAGACCUGCCAUCACUGAAGCGGAGUGUGGCCGACAUGGAGGGCACACUCAUCCGCAACCUUAGUGACCACAGCGGCAACAACCUGCUGCAUGUGAUGGCAGUAUUUGGCCAUCUGGCACCACUGGCCUGGCUGCUAACGUCCCAGCAGGUUCUGGUUGAUGCACUUCAUGAUGAAAACAAGUUUGGUCUCACCCCAUUAGUCUGUGCCAUAAAGUAUGGGCGGCUGAGGCUGGUGCAGUGGCUCGUGGAGAACACCGGUGUGAGAGACAAGGUGAAAUGCAAAGAUGGGGAACGCUCCCUCCUCCACAUCGCUGCCAAGUAUGCACAAGAAGAGGUGGUUGGCUGGGUGGUGGAGUACAUGAUGGCACACCAGGUUCCUCUUGACAACAAAGACCACAAUGGCAACACAGCUCUGCACCUUGCGGCCAGGACAGGCAACUCUGCUGUCUGUUCCAUCCUCUUGCAGCAUGGCGCUGAUGUCACCCUCAAGAAUGACAUGGGGCAGAAGGCGUGGGAGGUGAGUGUGAUACGGGGCCACCUCGCCUGCGCUGAAUACCUCUGUGUCCAUGAGUCUGGGCUUGCUUUGGCCACUGAUCUCACGCAGCGGGAGGCUGAACUAGAGGCUGCCAUGGCUGACAACCAUGACCUUAGAAUUAACUUCAAGGAGGUGCUGGGUGUGGCACGGCGACUGGUCAAGGAGAGAGAGGAGGUGGUGCGGGAGCUGUCUCGCCUGCACGACCACAUGGUGGAAGCUCACGACACCAUCCUGGCGCUGCGAGUCUUGGCCGAGGAGAACAAUGCGCUGAGGGACCGUGUCAAUGGUGUCAGGCAAUCCACUCAUGCAAGGGAGCAGGUGGAGUCAGUCAUUGAGUAUGUGAAUGGCCUGCAUGAGCGGUGGCAGGUGGCCCAGAAGACCUGGUUUGGGUCUUCCCUGGUGGACAUGGAACACCGCCUGCUGCUUGUGGAGGAAGCAUGGAAGAAACUCCGCCACCGCAGUCACCGCACUGUUGCCACCACUCACCACCCCCUUGACGUGUUCAGGGCAAAGCUGUGUUCGGUGAGAGCCCAGGGUGGAGACUGUCGCCUGGGGGACCUGCCUUCCCUCUGCUCUUCAGAGGAGUCCCUUGUUUCCCUGUUUCCUUUCAGUGAGGAGGAGGAUGUGUAUGAAGGUGUUGAGGACUAUGGCUGUCAUGGCUCACCUGCUCGAGCUGCAACUCUUACUUCAACUCCUGUCCGCCAUGCUGGCACUUCAGGCAGCGUUGGUGGCAACCUUCACGUGCGGGCAGAGACACUGCCGCCACGCCUUGAUGCUCUCUCACCACGUGUCAGCCGCUCAGAUGCUCUUCAUGACAACGACUACCUCACACACAGUGAAGCUGCCCUGGCAGAUGACCAGAUUGCUGCUGGGGAGUACAAUCAGCCAAGCACAGUCUCCACAAGGAACACUUCCUCCAAGUGUAAAGAAAGUCCUGCUCGCCCUUACUGGUCUGACACUAGUCUUGGUCCUGGCCUGGGACUGAUAACGGAGCAGCUUGGUGGUGGGUCACCCGGCAGAGAGCGGCUUGGGCGGGAGGAGGUGAGUGCUCGCUUACGAGAACUGGCUCUCACUUCAGAAAGUGGCUCCUGCUCUGUCUUGGAGGUGAUUGAGCCAUCCACAGACGAGAGCGAUGCUCAGCCUGAAGAAGAACAUGGGCGCUCUGACCUGCAGGCAGGGUCCUUGGGGGCAGUCCCACCCAGGGCCAGUGAGGAAAGCAGCAGCGGCGAGAUCCAGGGUGUGCGCCCAUCUUCUGACCGACGGCUGAAGCGAUGCCCACGCCCUCGCCAUGAAGAGAAUGAGAAUGGCAGCCGCAGUGGAGGGGAGGUUGCCACAACAUCCAGUGAGAGUGGUGCUGACCACCCACCACACACACCCCACCACACUUCAUCCUCAGAAAUCAAGCACUUUUUAGUGAGUGAGACAUCCCCGGGUGCCGCUGCGGCGGAUGUCUCAGAUCUUUGUGGACAGCGGCACAUGGGUGAUGGGGAAGGCUUGGAGGUGACCACCAAAGACUCUCCUGGAGCUGUCACUUCUGUUUACAAGCGGAAAGGAUUUCUCCAUAAGUUCUCCAUCAAGCCACGGUGGCCAUCCAAGCGCAAAGUGAAGACAGUGCGGAAAGUGCCCGAACUCAGUGCCAGGGACUUUCAGGAGACUUACGGCAGUGUGCGGGAGUCGUCCCUCUCCCUUGGCGACACAGACGCCCACACCACUACAGAAUCCAACACUUCCUCUAGUCAAGAGUACAGCAAUUCAUCUGAGGAGUCAUCUAUUGGCAAGCCCACCACUUCUACCACGACCACCUCCUCAUCCACCAUCACUGCCCGAGCCUCAGACCUUCCUGAGGCGGAGGCAGCACGCCACAGGACACGGAGCGGUGCCUCAGCCACCGACAAGCAUCCAGAGACCGUCGUCCCUACCAGUGCAAGCAGUAAUGUGAGCACAGGAGGCACUGGGGGGUCAUCCAGCCCACCACUUGUGCCCACCCGCCGGAAGUUGCUGCCAGAGGAAGCACCACCUCCACCGGCUCCAGCAUCACCACCUCCAGCACCGCCAGAGUCAGAGCUCGAGUGUCUGGAGGAGAGUCUGGCGCCAGUCCCAGAGGAGACCACACUCAAGCCUGGAGGGGAGGCACGCAGUCUGGCUGCUUCUGAAGACUCUGGCAUUGUAGCAAGACCAGCAUCAAGUGCCUCAAAAUCUGAUUCAGUGUCACGGCCUGAAUCCUCCUCUUCUUCCUUCCAGCCUUUCAAGAGUGAGUUUCCCCUACAAAAAGGAUUUUCAUUGACUCAAGAUCUGCUUCCCACCCCAGACUCUAGCACAGCCGGCAGGAUGUCUCCAGCACCCAGUGAAGUCAGCAAGACAGAGUCAGCACUAUCCCCUCCCUCUCACGCAUCAGACGUGAGCAAGAGUGAGUCGACCCGACAGCUGAGCUUGGGGAAGGGCAGUGUUGGGGGCAGCAACAGUGUGAGCAGCAAGGAGGGCUCUGCAUCCUCCUCCUCAGACUACUCCUUGACGCUGCUGCCACUCAAGAAGCAGAUCAAUGUGAAAACAGCAGCCAUAAUUGACAUCUCAUGUGAGCAGAAGACUAAGAAAGCUGAUGCAAGUCCCAUCCUCAUGUCCUCUGCCAGGGGAGACUCGGGUUGCUCUAAGAAAGAAGAAAAACCAUGGUAUGAACUGUCUGAUGAAGAAUCUGACAUUUUGUUGCCGGAUCGCCUCACCACCAAGGUUAUCCCAAGGCAUUCCUCUUCGGAGGAUGAGACUGAGAUCUGCUGACAGAAUCACUAUACCUGUAUGUGUUCCCAAGGAUUGCAGUGAAUUGGCACUCAUAUCCAGAGUGGCCAUACUAUGUAUAUAUAUAACAAUGCUGAUUACUGUUGAAACCAUCACCACAGAUUGUGCCCACUAGUGGGGAAGUGGAGUGAUCAUGAGAUGCUAAGAUGCUAUACUGUGUUUUCUCAUGUGUCCAGAUGAGAAUGACAGUGACUGAUUUGGACAUAUACUGCCACAUACUGACACCCUUUCUUACAUAGAAAGUUAAAUUAGUUUUUUUAUUGUAUAUGAUGGUCUGAAAGUAGUGGAGUCAGGUUUCCAAGUGUGUAAUACAGUUGUUUUAGUGACAGAAUUGUGGCACCCCAGUGUACAUCAGUACUGCAUGUGCCAAAUAUGUGUUUGCAGUGUCCUUCAGAUUGUGCCAAACAGGAGAGGAUCAGAGUGAUUUGCAGUGUUGUGCUGGACAUGGACACCAGUGGGUGGCAACCUUCUUACCCCAGCAAGCACAUCCGAGUCUCUCCACACCAGUCCACCAUAGUAGUGUUGCUGCCACUCACUACCUGCAACAUUUGCUCAAUUGGUGUUGCCCCGCGCCACUCUCCUGACAUGGUGCUGCCAGCCACCUUGUCAGGAUGAGACGCGAGUUCCUCCACCUUCCAUCUCAUCACCCAUGUUCUGCUCCACACACACAUGCUCAUUGCUCCUUCCCUCCAUAGCCCAUAUCACCUCCCACACCAGACUCCAACAGUGUUCCCCAGCCAUACACUGCCCCACACAUCCAUGCUCGCUCCUCCCCUCCAUGCAUCACCUCCCACACGUCAUACAAUUUUUUCCCUUCAUUGUGAAAUCAGUGGUACAGUUUGCAGUGCCUCCCUGUCAUAAACUCUUCUCCAUACUGUUUCCAUCUCUUUACCUACCAACCCCAUGUCUCCCUUCUUCCUAUAAUCACCCACCUACCACCCAUCAUGUCCUCAACAUUGACCCCGAAGUAUGUUUAUGUCGCUCUAUAAUCCUCACACAUUACCACUGCUGCAAAUGCUCUCCAAGUAUGUAUCUCCAUCCAUCUCCUGCAUUCUUGUCCAUGUAUUACAUUACCACAAAUUAUGUUUCCCAUGCAUGUAAAAAUCCCCUUAUCUCACACUUGUAUUCUGUGUUCAUGUUUAAUCCCCAAUAUUACUCCAACCUCUUGUAUUUCCCUAUCUAUAUAGCCUAUAGCCCUCCUACACUAUCCCCACCUGUAAUCCUUAUCUAUGUACAAUCCCCUCCACAUUCCUUGUUCAUGUAUAACCCACCAACAUUACCCCAACUUACUAUGUUUUCAUUACUUCAAGUCACUCAGGGAUGCCCUCACUGGCCCUCCCCCCAACCCGCCCUCUGCCUUGAGCUCAAAGAGGCAGCGCUGUGCUCACCUCUUCACAGGAUCACAGACUGUGCUACAAUAGCUUGAUUUUGUUCAGUCAAAAAUUCACAGAAAAACCAUAAUCCUAUUGGUUUCUUGUUUUGGAUUUGUUAUUUAAUCCUUCUAGUGACCAGGAGUGCAAAGGCCUCGGAAAUUCAUCACGGUCUAGACGUUUGAGGUGGCAUCCUUGUGUUCUCUCGGUCAGGGAUUUGAUGGAAUGCCUAGUAGAGCAUGACACAAUAAUGCAGUCAUGGAUAUCUACUGCAGCGGCACAGUGUUGGCAGUCAUGAUGCUGUAUGCCAGUGUUGAUACUUAAUGUUAUGACAGUGUCUGCUGCUGCUUCCUCACCAUCCUCAGGUUCCACAGCUAAUAACUGAUGGACUGUUAUUAAAGGAAGAAAAUAAACAAGCAAAGAAGACAGUAACCUGAGAUAUCUUCAUGAAUCUGUAGGUUGUGGUUCUUGGCUGCAAGGUGUGAGUCACGCCGGCUCAAGGGUUGGAGGCUUUCCUGUUGGGCGGGUGGGGUGGCGGGGCACACCUCCGCUCCACACAGUGUGAAUGACUUAAGUGGUAUUGUACAUAAUAUUAAAUUGUAAUUUAUUUGUAACAUUUGUGCCAUACACGUGGGACAUUUAUUAUUGUAAUUAAGUGCAAUGGUCAAUAUAUCUACAUAUAUACUACGCUUUUUUUCACAGUAUACAUAUGGAUACUCGAGUGUUCAAGAACAACUUUUGUUGUGAACAAAAUGUGUACAUACCAACACUGGCUGGACUGCUGGCCACCUGUACAGCAAGAAGACCUGUUGGACUGUUGUUUACAUUGUAGCCCUGCAGACUUUGCUCAAGUGAUGGCUGACACUGUAAAGAUUCCCUGAAAACAAUAACUUUCUUGUGCCUUUCAGAGGCUUGGUGCUAAUUUACCUUUUUAUUGUACUGUUAGUGAUCCAGUACCAGUGUGCUGCUUUGAAGGGGAAAUUUCCUGCAUCAUAAAUACUUCCAAGCAUUAAGCUACACUGACAUGGGAAAGUUGUUACCCAGCACUUGAGUGUCAACAUUGAAUUAUGAGUUUAGCUUAAGGCUAUUGUCAGACCAAGUUCCUAAGUGUUGGUUGAGUGAAGCUGAAACAGCACGUUGCAAGCAGCUCACAGGCGCCACUGCCAACAGCUGAGUCCUGAAGCUGUGGCAGCAGGAGUGCCGCUGUGCUAUGGCUGAGUGGCCUCGCAGGGGUGGAGGCAGAGGCCCGGGCUCACCUCUCCCUUCCUGCCUCACAAAUCACUCACUCACCGACUGCUUAAGACACGCGGUUGAACACUUUACCAUUUUUAUAUAAGUCUACCUCACGCCCCCACUACCGUGUCGCCAGGAGUCCGUGUUCUGUAGUGUCAUAGUGCGCUAGGGGGAAGCUUGGCUGGCGGCAACUGUCAGGUGGUGGAGAUGCCUGGACUGGAAGUACCCCACCACAAUAAUUUUGCUGCCUGUGCUGCAUGCCACAUUCAGCUCACUUAAAUCAUUCCUCUCAAUGGUACCAGUAUUAUUAAUGCACAGCAGAGAACCCAGUGCUGCCAGCCACGCUGCCCACACAGCUAACAAAUACUCAAUGGAGAAGGCUGAACAACCAGUGUAUGCUCCUCCUCCUGUUGGUUUCCUCAUGGCUGAAGCAAAUUUGUGAUUAAUGUGUCCAGUGCAUGGUGUUCUCAUUAUUGAAUGAUUUUUUAUUUUAUUUUUUUUUUCUUUAAGGAAACAUUGAAGUCUCCAACUCCACCGACUUACGGGUUAAUUUUUCAUAUAACUGCAAAUUUGUUUAUAAUAUAAUACUUAGGUAAAUUACAAUAUUGUUAAUUGUUAAAUAAAUAUUGCAUCAUCCCUCA